AUGGCUGAACUCCAAAUUGGUGAUCUUGUUUUAAGUGGUAUCAAAAAUAAUCAAUUCGAUUUUUCUGAAAUUUACUUGAUAUCUCAUCUGGGACAUUUUGAUAAUCCUUUUUAUAUGAUAAAAAUUAAAUUCACAAAUCCUGAUGGAAGUCAAGAUUAUAUUCGUAUGACACCUACACAUUGCGUAUUUAAUAAUGAUUUGUCACUUUUAUACGCACUAGAUGUAGUACCAGGUGAAACCAAAUUCUUAGUUUUGAAUAAAUCAAAUGAAAUUAUUCCUGUUAUUGUUGAUAGUCUUGACAUUGAAAAAAAAACGGGCAAUAUCAGUUUUUAUACACGUUCCGGUACUGUGAUCGCAAACAAUAUUUUAUGCUCAUGCUAUGAUGAUUGUCCAAAAUCACAACUUUUAAUGGACUUAGUAUUCGCACCAAUCCGAUUGUGGACUAAAGUAUUUCCUUCUAAAUAUCGUCAAAAGGAACUUCACCCAUAUGUGCAAACCUUGGAGAUCGCUUAUACAAUUUUAUGUAGAGCAUUAAAAGGAAUUAAAAUGAUUAGACAAAAGGCU